UGACAAUUGUUUGUUUUCUUCCCUUUCUAAUUUGCCUCCUCGGCCUUGAUAAAUAGCACUCCACCCCUCUGCCUUCUGCUCACACCCAACCUCCAAGAAAAAAACCCAUUUCUCCCUCUCUCUCUCUCUCUCUCUCUUCCAGAGAAUUGCUGAAAAGCAAUGGCUCUUCUCUGCAUUGUCUCUCUCAUAGCAUUGGCAAGUACAAUUGUUGAGGCCAGAAUUCCUGGUGUCUACUCUGGCGAGGCAUGGCAGGGUGCUCAUGCUACUUUCUAUGGCGGCAGUGACGCCUCUGGAACUAUGGGAGGGGCAUGUGGGUACGGAAAUCUGUACAGCCAAGGCUACGGUGUGAACACAGCGGCACUAAGCACAGCUCUUUUUAACAACGGUUUGAGCUGUGGAGCUUGCUUCGAGAUCAAGUGUGCAAAUCAGCCUCAAUGGUGUCACUCUGGUAGCCCCUCCAUUUUUGUCACAGCCACAAACUUUUGCCCUCCAAAUUACGCCUUGCCCAACGACAAUGGCGGUUGGUGCAACCCUCCUCGCCCCCACUUCGAUCUCGCCAUGCCCAUGUUCCUCAAGAUCGCCGAGUACCGCGCCGGCAUUGUCCCUGUCUCUUAUCGCCGGGUGCCAUGCCGGAAGCAAGGCGGGAUCAGGUUCACGAUCAACGGCUUCAAGUACUUCAACUUGGUUUUGAUCACCAACGUCGCGGGUGCAGGGGAUAUAGUGAAGGUGAGCGUGAAAGGGUCGAAGACUGGAUGGAUGAGCUUGAGCCGCAACUGGGGUCAGAACUGGCAGUCAAAUGCUGUCUUGGCUGGACAGUCACUCUCCUUCAGGGUCACAGGCAGUGACCGACGCACUUCCACUUCCUGGAACAUUAUCCCUGCCAAUUGGCAGUUUGGCCAAACUUUCACUGGAAAGAAUUUCAGGGUCUAAUAUUCAAUUUUCCCGCUUUAUUAUAUCAUUUCGUUUUUGGGAAAAGAGAGAAAGAGUUGUGCGGUUAAAAACUUUUUUUUGACUGUUGGUGGGGGGUGAGGAGAGAGAAAAAGAAGAAGAAGGUAAAAGUGAAGUUGUAAGCAGCUGAGGUGGCUGGUCAUAUAGCCCGCAGCUUUGGUUGUUGUUAUAAUAUAUACCAUAAGUUAUAGACAUGAUCAAGUAUUUUUCAA